AUAUCUCUCACAUGAGUCUUCUUUGUGUUCUCUUACAGUGGCAAACAUCCUGUGGAGAGAAGAAGGUCUGGGGAUUGGAAACAUGUUCUAUGUGUUUUAUGAGGACGGUAUUAAAGUCAUCCAGCCAGUGGCCUGUGAGAUUCAGAGACACAUCAAACCCAGCGAGAAGCUUCUUGGCCUGCAGGAGGAGGUCUGUCCACAAGUGGAGGGAGAGAAGGAUCAGAAAUGUGUGUGGACAUCAGCCGUCAAUGUGAAGGACAAGUUCAUUUAUGCCACACAGCCUUUGCUAAACAGGUUGCUCAUUGUAGACAUCCAAUCCCAGAAAGCUGUUCAGACUGUGAGCACCGACAGGGUUCCAGUGAAGCUGCACUAUGACAAGUCUCAUGACCAGGUUUGGAUCCUGAGCUGGGGAGAUCUUGAGAAAAACUUUCCAACCCUCCAGGUGAUCAGCCAAGCCAGUGGAAGCACGUCCCACCACACCAUCCACACCCAGCCAGUUGGCCAUCGCUUCGACAGGGUGGAGGAUUUCUUUAUUCCUCCCAUAAGCCUCACCAUCAAUCACAUCAGGUUUGGUAUCAUCCUCCACAAGAAUGAACCAGCUCUUCAUAAGAUCGAUUUGGAAACCACCUCCUAUGUGAAAAACAUUAGUCUGCAGCAGUACGAUUGCAUCCCACAAUCCCUCUCCUACAUGCACCUGGGCGGAUACUACUUUGUCAAUUGUCGGCCAGACUCAACAGGUGCGGUACGGCCACAAUUAAUCAUCGAUACUGUAACAGACAAUGUCAUCGGUCCAAAUAGGGAUGUGAGCGGCACACCUUAUGUCUCUCCUGAUGGCCACUAUUUAGUGAGCGUGGAUGACCGUGACGGGCUAAUGCGCUUGCAGCAUGUGUCCGUGCGGGGUGAGAUCGGCCAACCCUUUGACAUUCACACCAACCUGCACCUGUCCGAUCUGGCCUUCAUGCCCUCUUUCACUGAGGCUAACCAGUAUAACGUGUUCGGCAGCUCGGGCCGCCAGACGGAUGCUCUUUUUGUGGAGCUCAGCACCGGUAACGUCAAAAUGAUCAAGAGCCUAAAGCAGCCUACGCCGGCUGCUCAGUGGCCUUGGAAUCACCAAAACAGGGUCAUGACUGGCAGCGGGCUGUUCGGACAGUAUCUCAUGACCCCGUCUCAAAGCUCCCUGUUUAUUCUGGAUGGGCGGCUGGAUAAACUCAACUGCGAGAUCACCGACGUUCCCUUGGGAAAUACUGUGGUGUGGGUGGGAGAGCCGUAAGCCAUUUUAUAGGGGCUUGAGAGGGAAACAAACAAACAGGUUGCACUGAAUUUGGUUUCCAUUUAAUUUAUUGAGAAUAAAAUAAGUCUCAAAGUUUGGAACAAAAACCAAAAUUG